UUUCAGCAGCCAGCUAUGUGCCCGAUCCUAUCACAACUCUCCCUCCUUCCAGAAGUAACCACAAUCCUGACAUUUAUGGUAAUCACUUAGGAGGAUUUUAUUUUAAUGGGACUAAAGGUUUAGCUAUAAAUAAUCACUAAUGGUCAAAUAUUAGGCACUCAAAGGGUGUUUGGGGGAGCCCGGAGUGGUAGCCAGAUCUCAGCACACUUAAAAUCACAUCAUUUUGUACAGUUAGUUCCCUCUAUGCCUAGAUUAAAACACACCUCACUGGAAAGGAGGCACAGAAGUCCAAGUCCAGGGCUGUGCCCCGUGCACUCAGCUGCCUGACUCCCAUCCACUGGGCCAGAAAGCUCCAUACCCCACAGUCUUUCCAAGGCAGAGCAAAAGUAGGUCCCAGCUCACAGUACUUGGGAGAGGGCCAGGGACUAUUCGUCUCUGCUGCUGACAUGUGAGCCUAGGACGUUGCCAAGACUUCCCUGGGUCUUGGUCUCAGUGUAUAGUACGGGGCCAUAAUGAAGCCUUUUAUGAUCCCCUAUAGUCCUCUCCUAACUUGCUCCCCUGUCCUCAAUCUUGGUUUCUGUUUCAGCUACCCGCUCGUUCACCUUGCAAGAAGCUCGUCACCUUUCUUUCCCCCUGGGUGUCUUUCCAAUCUUGUGCCCCACUUUUUGCCCUUGAUUCUUACAAUACCACAGGUCCACGUCCUCUCUACACACAUCUUUAUGAAGACAUACACACGUCCUUGCACACUGGAGGUGCUGAACAAACGUUCCUAGAAUGCAUCCAUGUAAAGAAAGACCGAAUGAAUUGUUUCAUGCAUGAAUGUAUGUAUUCCUUCAAUAUUUAGCAAAUGCCCAAAGUCUACGGAGAUACUAACCUGUCCCUCUACCCUCUAGGAUUAUUCUCCUCCCUUUCUCCUCAGGUGCCUCCUUCCCCAUCCUAUUUCUUUUUUCCUUCCCCUGUACCACAGAGCUAGACCGAAUUCUCCGCAAGGCAGGAUGCGGAGACACAGAAGCCGGCCGGUGGAACAGACACCCUGGAGAGGAGCCAGAUGAAAUAAGGGCAAAGACAGCUGUGUGACAUGCAGGGAGAACCCGUGCAGAAUGAGAAGCAGUGAUUCAUGGAGCGCUGCAACUCAGACACUCCUCCGGCUUCACUCUGAGAGCUACUGCAGGAUUGGGGUCAAUGAGGGCUGGCAUCAAGACGAAGGGCAGCCUGGCUUCUCCUCCCUUAAUCCUUGUCUACCCACCCCUCCCCCAGUACUCCCUCCCAUUGACCAGCGUCCUGGGCCUUUAAGAGUUGGAAGGGCUGGACUGAGGCGAGAGCUCUUACCUCUCCCCUCCCUUCUCCUUCCCUUUGGCUGCAAGUCCGCCAGUCACAGCAGCAAACUGCAGUAGAAAAGGGGAGGAAGCCAGCGAGCCAGCAAGAGAGGAGAAAGAGAGCCCAGCUGGGUUUCCUCGUCCCACAGGAGAGAGCAUCGCACAGCUCACAGACAUAGGACCGCUCUCCUGCCCACGGUGACUCCGGCACCAGCUGGUGGAGCAGGGGGUGAUGGCGUCUCUGAUGCAAGGCCGGCUGCCCAUCAGUGAAGACUUGCUGCUGAUGCAGAAAGGCACGCUGAUGCGCAAGGUGAGGUCCAAAAGCUGGAAGAAGCUAAGAUACUUCAGACUCCAGGAUGACGGCAUGACGGUCUGGCACGCCAGGCAGGCGGGAAGCACUGCCAAGCCCACCUUCUCGAUUUCUGAUGUGGAGAGCGUGCGGGAGGGCCAGGAGUCCGAGCUGCUGCGCAGCCUGGCGGAGGAGCUCCCCCUGGAGCAGGGCUUCACCAUCGUCUUCCAUGGCCGCCGCUCCAACCUGGACCUGGUGGCCAACAGCACCGAGGAGGCCAAGAUAUGGAUGCAGGGACUGCAGCUUCUGGUUGACUUUGUCACCGGCAUGGACCAACAGGAGCGGCUGGACCAAUGGCUGAGUGACUGGUUCCAGCGUGGAGAUAAGAACCAGGAUGGCCGGAUGAGUUUCCAGGAAGUCCAGCGUUUGUUGCACCUGAUGAACGUGAAAAUGGACCAAGAAUAUGCCUUCCAGCUUUUCCAGGGAGCAGACAUGUCCGAGUCUGGGACUCUGGAGGGAGAAGAGUUUGUAGAGUUCUAUAAGGCGCUGACUAAGCGUACGGAGGUGCAAGAGCUGUUUGAAAACUUUUCGGCGGAUGGGCAGAAGCUGACCCUGCUGGAAUUUGUGGACUUCCUCCAAGAGGAGCAGAAAGAAGGAGAGCGAGCUUCUGACCUUGCUCUGGAACUCAUCGACCGCUAUGAGCCCUCAGAUAGUGGCAAAUUGCGACACGUGCUGAGCAUGGACGGUUUCCUCAACUACCUCUGCUCGAAGGAUGGAGAUAUCUUCAACCCAACCUGCCUCCCGGUUUACCAGGAUAUGACUCAACCCCUGAACCAUUACUACAUCAACUCCUCUCACAAUACCUACCUCGUGGGGGACCAGCUUUAUGGCCAUAGCAGCGUUGAGGGAUACAUACGGGCCCUGAAGAGGGGGUGCCGCUGCGUGGAGGUGGAUAUAUGGGAUGGACCUAACGGGGAACCUAUCGUUUACCAUGGACACACGCUGACCUCCCGCAUCCCAUUCAAAGAUGUCGUGGCCACUGUGGCGCAGUACGCCUUCCAGACAUCAGAUUAUCCAGUCAUCUUGUCCCUGGAGAACCACUGCAGCUGGGAGCAGCAGCAGGUCAUGGCGUACCAUCUGACCGAGAUCUUGGGGGAGCAGCUGCUGAGCACUACCUUGGAUGGGCUGCUGCCCACUCAGCUCCCCUCGCCAGAGGAGCUUCGGAGGAAGAUCCUGGUGAAGGGGAAGAAGUUAAGGACACUUGAGGAGGAUCUUGAGGAAGAGGAAGAGGAGGAAGAGCUAGAGUGUGAGCUGGAGACGGAGCAGGAAGCCGACACAGAGCUGGAGGCCCAUCUGGAGUCUGAGUCCCAGGAGUUGAGCCCGCGCAGUAAGGACAAAAAGAAGGAGAAGAAAUCCAAACCCAUCUUGUGUCCAUCCCUCUCUGCUCUGGUUGUCUACUUGAAGUCUGUCUCAUUCCACAGCUUCACUCAUUCAAGGGAGCACUACCGCUUCUAUGAGACCUCCUCUUUCUCUGAAGCCAAGGCCAGAAGCCUCAUCAAGGAGGCCGGCAACGAGUUUGUGCAACACAAUGCCUGGCAGCUAAGCCGUGUGUACCCCAGCGGCCUGAGGACAGAUUCGUCCAACUACAACCCCCAGGAACUCUGGAACGCUGGCUGCCAGAUGGUGGCCAUGAACGUGCAGACUGCGGGGCUGGAGAUGGACAUCUAUGACGGGUUCUUCCGCCAGAACGGUGGCUGUGGCUAUGUGCUGAAGCCCGACUUCCUGCGUGAUGCCCAGAGCUCCUUCCACCCUGAGCGGCCCAUCAGCCCUUUCAAGGCCCAGACCCUCCUAAUCCAGAUCAUCAGCGGGCAGCAACUCCCUAAGGAGGACACGAGUAAAGAGAGGUCCAUCGUGGAUCCACUGGUGAGAGUGGAGAUCUUUGGCGUCCGCCCAGACAAAAGCCGGCAAGAGACCAGCUACAUAGAGAACAACGGGUUUAAUCCAUACUGGGGGCAGACGCUGAGCUUCCAGGUCCUGGUGCCCCAGCUGGCCCUGCUGCGUUUUGUAGUCGAGGACUACAACCGGAAAUCCCGGAAUGACUUUAUCGGGCAGUACACGGUGCCUUGGAGCUGCAUGCAGCAAGGUGGGCCGGUCCUCCCAUCCCCCCACCACUGCCACCGCCACCCUGGCCCCGGCCGCCCUUUAACGCCCUCCUCCCCACUCUGCAGGCUACCGCCAUGUACACCUGCUCUCCAAGGAUGGCAUCAGCCUCCACCCGGCUUCCAUCUUCGUGCAUAUCAGCAUCCGGGAAGGGCCGGAGGGGGAUGAAUCCUAAGGUGGGCCCUUCUUGGGAAGGGUGGGUGCACUGGCUUGAGGUAGUAAGAAAAACCUGGAAGGACUCUCCCGAAAGCAAAGAGAGGUGGUGAAAACCAUCGUUUUGGACUGUGCAUUCCUAAGCACAAAAAUUACCUCACUCUUCCUAACAAGCACACCUGGGGCCUGAUUUUUCACUCUCUCCCCUUUCUUCGUUUCUCCACGUCUGUGGUAUCCUUUCUGUCCCCUUCCUUCACAUACUCUCUACUGGACUUCCUUCUUUCCUCUUGCCAUAGGUUCAAUCCCCUGCCCAGAUCUAGGACUAAUCUCUCUCGUCGGCCCUGGCCCAAAGGCUGGCUGCAGCUGGACAGCCCGAGUGGGGCCUGGACCAGAGGGACACAAAGAGGCACUACCCCCUCCACCCGAACUGCCUCAAAGCCCAGAGCCAAGGGAAAGAGAAAUCGAGCCUCAAGGCUCCCCAGGCAAAGGCUGAGGGAGGAUGGCAGACCCCCAAGACCAUACGACGACUUGUGAGAGAACACCGCACAGCCCCGAGUCCCCACUGGACUGCUCUCUCCUCUCCCCACCUGUGACAAUAGAGCUUUUCUACCCAGUUCGGCUUGAGUAUGGUCUGUUGGUGGGCAAAAAGAGGAGGCAUGAAGCUUGGGGGACACUUGGGGAGACCGUUGGGGCAGGGAAGGAGUGGAAAAAUAAGUGUCCAGCCCCCCCCGCCCCCCACCGCAUGUGCUACAUAGAAGGGUACAGAGGAAGUAUGGCCUCCAAGGACGAAAGGAGGAGACAAAGGGUUACAUGAUCCACACCCUCCCAAGAGUUUGCCUGGAACAGUCCCAGUUUAUGCCUACCGCUCCACUAUAAUUAUUAAAAGUACCUUCUGUCAUUUCCCCAGUGUGUCACAGUUUCAAUGAUUGAGCAUACGGUCACUGUGAGGAACUCACGGAAUUCUGGAUUACAGAGUCUCACCGGCCCCCUUCCCUCAAGUCCUGCGCCUUUCCCACUGUCUUGUGAUUUAACUCCUGUGCAGCUGCUGGGCCAGGCUGAGGAUGGAGGCAGAGGACGGAGGCCGAAUUAAAGCUACUUCCAGGGGGAGGCUGACUGCGCGGCCUGCAAGUAGACCUCGGGGCUCAGAAAUAAGGAGCAGGGCAAGGGCCAAGACAGGCUCCAGGGCAGAGAGAAGGCAGACCCGGGAACAUUUCGGA